AUGCUCCCAUACGACCAAGCGUCUCGAAUAGCCUCGGCUGAGAAAGCCCUACUCACUGCAUUCCCGUGGCGAUGUUUUCCUACCAAAUUGGUCCAUGAAGACUGCUCGAGUCAGAAGAUGCUCAGUGGCCUAGUGGAUAGCACGCUUGAGUUCUGUCCCGGGUUCGAUCCCCAGUUAGGCCGAUGGAUGCGCACUGCUGAUGAGACCCAACCAGACUGUGAUCUGAAUGUGCACAAACGAUGCACUUCCCGAGCUCCUCGACUGUGCGGAUUGGAUCAUACGGAGCGCCGUGGACGUCUACGGGUCUCGGUCAUUCCCCAACCGGGUAGACUGAAGGUUGAAGUCCCGGUGGAUUGGUUAAUGUUAUCCAAGUAUAGCCAUACGAACCCGCCCCCAGACCCCGAGCACCUGGUUUUGUUGUUAGCGAUUCGUAAAACUUUCGGGAAUGAGCAAACAAUGAUAGCACCGCGAAUUCUCAUCAUGGAUCACAAAUACGAUGUGCCGUGA